AUGAGUGUGACGGCCGAUCCUUGGACAGGCAUCGGUAACAACAGUAUUGAUCGAGACUCGACAGAGAUAGGCGGAUCAGCGGAGGCAGCAUCAACAUUACAAUUUGAAGAUAACUUUGAACCUGUAGUGGAAGCUUCGUCCAACAAUAAUCAGCUCCCUCGAGACGGUCGACUUCCAGAUUCCGAUAGCUAUCUGGCUACCUUAGAAAGCCGUUUGAAACGCCUGAAGACCAACCCGAGCGUCCUGCAGCAGCUGGCCGAACGGCGAGAGGCUUGCAUGCAACAUCUGCUGAACGAUUCGACAGCGCCAAUCGGAAACGAUCUCAGCUUGUACCUCGAGCUGGACGAGCCAGUCAACAAUCGGGAAAUCUUGCGUCUAAUCCGGCCCGAACAGCCCCUAUCGGUUGCAGAGGUGGUCCAUUUGGUAAAUCACGAUCAACUUGAGCGGCAGCAACAGGAACAACAGGAUCUAGCUGCUGUAGAAUUUGCCACAGGCAAGGACGGGGAGGAAAGUGGAACGGAAAGCUCGACCAGUCGCUAA